CUCAGUAGGAGGCAGAAUCUGCACCAAAAGCGGGUUUGCCAACCGGAAGAAGCAGCAGUCUGUCAGACACAAGCUCCUCCCAUCCGGCCUGCUGUGAGACUGCAGUUGUCAACUGUAGUGCUGCUUUGGGAACAGAGAAAGGAAUGUUCAAAUGUCAGCCGACCAGGAAGCACAGGAAGAUGAACUGCUUGCUCUAGCGAGCAUCUAUGAUGAAGACGAGUUUCGCAGAGCCGAAUCAGGAAAGGAGGGCGAGAUUCAUCUGUGCUUGGAGCUUCCUCCGAGCUUCAAACUGCUAGUUAAGGGACAGAACUCCACAGAGCAUCAUGUAUCAUUUCUACCUCCACUGGUUCUGAGUUUUGAAUUCCCGGCUGACUAUCCUUCAGCAUCGGCUCCGCUUUUUACUAUAAGCUCCAAAUGGCUCAGGAGAGCCCAGAUCACUGCACUUUGCAGGAGACUGGACGAGCUUUGGGAGGAGAACCAAGGCAACGUGGUUCUUUUUACCUGGAUGCAGUUCCUAAAGGAAGAGACCCUGGACUUUUUGGGAAUCCAGUCACCGCUGGAAAUCCAAAGCCUUGAGAGCCAGCCUCAGUGUGAAUCUGGCCCAAAACCAGCUGUAGACGUCCCCGGGGAAAAAAUUAAAGAUUUAGACCCCAGAGCCGUGCAAGAGGUCGACGCUCGCACAGACAUACUGACUCAGCUGCUGGAUUUUGACGAAGCUCAGAAGCAGAGGGUGUUUGAUGGGAAGGUGUUCUGCUGCGGCAUCUGUUACUCCGAGAAGCUCGGAGCCGACUCUCUGCUCUUCAAAGAGUGUCAGCAUGUGUACUGCAAGGCCUGCAUGAAGGAAUACUUUCAGAUCCAGAUUAGAGACGGAAAAGUCCAGUGCCUGAACUGCCCUGAGCCAAAGUGCAUGUCCAUGGCCACUCCUUCACAGGUGAAACUUCUUGUGGGCGAAGAUGAGUUUGCACGCUAUGAUCGUCUCCUGCUGCAGUCGAGUCUGGACCUGAUGGCGGAUGUGGUGUAUUGUCCUCGUAUGAGCUGCUGUAUGGCUGUGAUGGUCGAGCCUGACUCCACCAUGGGCAUCUGUCCCGCCUGCAGAUACGCCUUCUGUACCCUCUGUAAGAGGAGCUAUCACGGCCUCUCUCACUGCAUAGUGACUGCUGAUGAGCUUCGUAAUUUGCGGGAUGAGUAUAUGUCUGUGAGUGAAGAGGGGAAGAAGUUCCUUGAGAAGCGUUUUGGCCGGCGGGUCAUUCAGAAGGCGGUGGAGGAGUCUUUCAGCACAGACUGGCUGAAGGAUAACUGUAAACAGUGCCCUUGCUGUGGCACUAAUAUACAGAAGGUGCACGGCUGUAACAAGAUGACCUGUUCGUCCUGUCAGAAGUACUUCUGCUGGAUCUGUCUGGGAGCUCUCAGCAAGGUGAACCCCUACAGCCACUUCAACAACCCCGGCUCGCUCUGCUAUAACCAAUUGUUUCAAGGAGUGGAAAUGGACGAGGAAGAAGGCUUUGGGAGUGACGAAGAUAACUGACCCACUGUAAAUGAAAUGUUUAAAGCAUGGCAGUGUUCUCAUGCACAUCAGUGGAUCAGAACCACAAGCCCAAAGACCUGACUGCAGUAUCACCCAUUUUUUAGCAAUAUAUAU